AAUUCAUACGUCUCUUUGCUUUCCUCCGAUCGGUCUCUCCUUUUCUCAUCGCCGGAACGCUUUGUUGUUAGAUUUUAAGAUUCCGAUGCUGAGAAGAGACCAAAUCGGUGAUUAGGAGAUUUUGUAAGCUUUGUGUUGUUUAGCUUCAACGACGGGUUUAGGGGCAAUGGUGGUUUCUAAGUCUCUAUCAUACCUUUCUCCACCACGAACCUCCUCGGGUAGUUGAGAAACUGGAGAAAAACCUUAUCAAGUGUUUGGGAGAUUUGAGAACUAGUACGGCUAGAGUUUCAGGUUUAAUGGGGCACCGACAUUUUCUUGGUUCGUCCCAAUUUUUUGAUGAUGAACAUGAUCAAGGCUGGAAUCAUACACAUCCAGAACAUCCAUAUACGAGUCUAGCAAGAUCUGGGACCAGUGAAAACAGAUCGCAUGUAUAUCCAGCUGAAAACAUGUUGAAUGAAGGAAUGCCAGUGUCUUCUCAUUGGAACUCUUCUCCAGGACCAAAUGCCUAUACUGCCUCAGGUCAUAGUGUGGAGAGACCACACUACAAUCCGGGGGCUUCGGGGCCAUCCCAUGAUCCUUUCGUGAAUUCAACAGUUCCAAAUUUCUCUGCUCCAAAUGAGGAUUAUGUGACAUUUGCAUCUUCGUCGAACUGCAACAGCCAGGCCUGGACCAAUGCUAGUUAUGUUGAUCAAUCUAUGGAAAAUGUGAGAGGAGCACAAAAGCGAAAACGCCCUUGUCCUUCUUCCAUCUAUGAAAUGGGUAGUUCAAGCCAAUAUCACGGUGACAGAACUCCUGCAGACACCCAUUUCCCCUCGGAAUUUCACCUAGGAAAAUCAAUAACGCAUGAUCAUGAUCCUCAUUACAUGCCAUGGCUUAUGAACCCAACUUACAAUAGUAAUAAUCUCUCGAUCAGGGGAGAGAGUUCUUCAAGGAAUGUCCGUAGUCGUUCUACACUUGAUUUAGAAACCAGCUUAGGAAGAAAUAAUUUGCCAAGAAGCUUGAGCCUUGAUUCCCAUUCUACACACCGCCACAGUGUUGAUCAUUCUGGCUCAGGUCAAUUUCCUGGUCAGACCUCUCACGGAAAUAAAGACUGGAACUGUGCUAGAUUGUCCUCAGUUCCUAGAGAUACAAAUGGCUUUAGUCCAGAGACAAAUAAUUUUCUUCCUGCGAGAAGUGUUGUCAACAGCUUAUCUGUUGAUACUUCCGGCUAUCACCAUGGGCUCACCGGAAACAGAAACCAUACAGUUUCCCACGGUUUUCCUGGAACUUCAACACAAUCUACAAGCAGCAGCCGCUUCUCUCAUCAUAGGUCAACACCCACCUAUAGAUCUUCUUCACAGGGUUCGCGAUUGGGACAUGUUGCAUCUUCUUCUGGAGAUAGGUCUCAUUUGGUCACUGAGACUUAUCCUUCUAGGCAUCUAAGGCCACCACCACACAUUUCAUGGCGUAGCGGUGAUCGCCCAGGGAGACGCAGGAGUUCCUAUGAGAGGUUUCAGCCUCCUUUCGAUGAAGUUUCCCUCCAUGAACGGUUUUCAUCUGAGGGAUUCAUGGUCGUAGAUCGUCAACCACACUACUACGAAUCUAGAAACAUGCUUGAUCACCACAGAGACAUGAGGCUUGACAUCGAUAACAUGAGCUACGAGGAACUCCUUGCUCUUGGGGAAAGGAUUGGGAGUGUCAACACUGGUCUAUCCGACAGCGCAAUCUCCAGUUGCUUGUUAGCAACAACGUAUUAUCCAUCGUAUCAAACAGAGGAGCAAAGAAAAUGUGCAAUCUGCCUGGAGGAGUACAAGGAAAAAGAAGAGUUAGGGGAAGUUAAGGGGUGUGGUCAUGACUACCAUGGGAGGUGCAUCAAGAAAUGGUUGUCUAUGAAGAACUCUUGCCCUAUUUGCAAAUCGCCUGCUUUACCUGAUGCUUCUAAGAACUCAUCAUAAAAUAUAGAUAUCUUUUUUAU